AUGGGCACUCACAUCAGCCGAGUCAAGUCGGUUGAUCUGGAUGCCUGGACAGACGAACAACUGCAAAGUGUCUUGAAAUGGGGCAACUCAAGAGCAAACAAAUACUGGGAGGCCAAGUUGGCACCAGGGCACGUGCCGUCCGAGGCGAAGAUUGAGAACUUCAUACGUACAAAGUACGAAUCCAAGAGAUGGGUCAUGGACGGGCCCAUGCCUGAUCCCUCAACGCUAGACGCCGAAGGUGACGAUAAUAUGCCAUUGAAUAUCGUGCAAGAGAAGGCCAAAAUUGAGAGGUCGGCUUCGCAGCGUCAAGCGUCCACUCAACCAACUCCGCCUCCGCAGCCUCGGCCGACUGCAAAUGUGAAUCUGUUCGACGACUUCGCUCCAGCUCCCCCCGUCAGGCCCAAUACAGCGGACAUUCCUGACUCGAAACCCACGCGAACUGGCCCAGCAGCGCCUGCUCCGGCUCCAAAGCCCGCUGCGAAGCCACAAGACUCUUUGCUUGGGCUAGACUUCUUUGGAGGCUCAUCCUCCAGUGGCAUUGGUCGACCUUCGAGUGCAGCAUCCAAUCCUUCGGCUUCUACAAACAGUAGAGGAGACCUGAAGAGCUCAAUCCUCUCGUUAUAUUCUGCUGCACCUAAACCUCAACCAGCACCUCAACCCCAGCAUGACCGUCAGCCGUCAUUUGGUGGACUGGCCACAUCACCCGCACCAGCGAAGCAAGAUGCGUUCGGAGGUCUUGCCGAUGCCUUUAGCGGAUUGAGCUUCCCUAAUCCAACCACCACAAGACCUCCCGCGCCGCAGCCAGCCUCUGCAUUUUCGGCGUUUGGAAGUCUGACCAGCCCUGUUGCAGCGCCGAAAGCCACGCCAUCCGCCCCGCAGGUGACAUCGCCGCCUCCCCUGAGUGGUGGCAGUUUCUUCGAUGCGCUUCCCUCCAACGCACCCGCUGCCAAAGCCACUGUCACCUCGCCAUCGGCCUCGAAUGGACUAGAUUUCUCCUUUACCCAAAGAUCCCCACCUCCACAACCUAUGGCUGCCGCUGCACCCAAACCAUCAGCUACGUCUAUCCCUGUUGAUUUGUUUGCGGCUGAUGAUUUUGGAGGCUUUGCCAGCUCGACACCUGUUUCACCACCCAAACCUGCUCCCGCUCCCGCUCCUGCCCCGCAAGUGUCGUCACCUAUCAAUCCGAGCUCGACGUUUAGUUCUCCUUUCAAUCUAUCUUCACAGCCUGAUCCAACGCCAAAGCCGGCUCCUCAACCGUUCAAAGCACCAGCCGUAGCUCAAACCAGUUCGUCACUGUUUGACCCAUGGGCUUCAGGCAAUGAUAGCAGUCCUUGGGCGGCGCCCGAAGCAACCCCUGCGAAGCCAGCCCAGCCCAAGGUCGAGUUGGGGAAGCCACCUGCACACAUUACGCCCAAUGAUAUCCAUGGAGGGUGGGGAGAGCCGAUAUCGUCGAGCAACAAACCAGUGCGACAGGCUUCUGUCACAGCCGACGAGGACUUUGGGGGGUGGACCUCAGCUUCUACGACGCAGACACCAGUAGCUCCGCAAGCCAAAGGGAACGGGGGAUUUGGAGGCGCAUCGGACCCUUUUGACAAUCCAUGGGGUUGA